CCCAGAUCAUUCCAUUUUGGGCCAAAGGCCUACCACCAUGAAUACAGUAUUAAACCCUACCAAUUUUCAUCAUCUUCUUCUCUCUCCACCGCCGAUUUAUCGUUUAACAUCUUCGCUUUGAGGAUCAGUAAUCUUCAUCAUCUAAACUCGGCUGACGAAAAUGGCAACUCAAUUGAGCAAGAAGCGAAAGUUUGUAGCUGAUGGUGUGUUCUUUGCUGAGCUGAAUGAGGUCCUCACCAGGGAACUUGCAGAGGAUGGUUACUCUGGUGUUGAAGUUAGGGUUACACCUAUGCGCACUGAGAUCAUCAUCAGGGCCACCCGUACCCAAAAUGUUCUUGGUGAGAAGGGAAGGAGAAUAAGGGAGCUGACAUCACUGGUUCAGAAGCGUUUUAAGUUCCCUGAAAACAGUGUGGAGCUUUAUGCUGAAAGGGUUAACAACAGAGGUCUCUGUGCCAUUGCUCAGGCCGAGUCUCUGCGAUACAAGCUACUUGGAGGCCUUGCUGUUCGCAGGGCUUGCUAUGGUGUUCUGAGGUUUGUUAUGGAGAAUGGAGCAAAAGGAUGUGAGGUUAUUGUUAGCGGAAAGCUUAGAGCUCAGCGUGCAAAAUCAAUGAAGUUCAAGGAUGGGUACAUGGUGUCUUCUGGUCAACCAGUGAAGGAGUACAUUGACUCUGCUGUCAGACACGUGCUUCUUAGACAGGGUGUUCUAGGUAUAAAGGUUAAGAUCAUGCUUGACUGGGACCCAACUGGAAAGCUUGGACCCAAGACACCUUUACCUGAUAAUGUUGUUAUUCAUAUGCCAAAGGAUGAUGUUGUGGCACUCCCACCAAAAGAGGUGGAGGAAUAUAGACCACCCCUUGUGAUGGGUGACGAGCCGUUGCCUAUGUCCAUGCCAGUACCAGUCUAAAUCCUGUGACGAAAGCAAGAUUAGAUACUCAAGACUUUAUGUUAUAAAAUGAGUUUUUGUUGCGUUUUUGUUAUGAAUUGGACUCUUUUGUUCUCAUGAUGAUGCUCUGUUGCUGUAAUCUUUAUUUUUACAAGUAGUUUAAUGAAAGUAUGUUAUCUUUUGAGUUUCAA